UGGCUGGUUUGCAUUGAAGAUAAACGCAGAUACAGUUGAGGCGUGGAAAUGAAAUGUCGCGGCCGUCCACACACCGUGGACGCGAUCGAGUGGGCGUGUUAGUCGUCACGUAGCAGCUGGGCAUUGUGUGAUGCUUGACAACCAUCCUCCGCGCGAUUGUGGUGGAAGUGAAGGCAACAUUUGGACUGAUCUCAGAGGACGGGUGAGGAGAGCCAUUAGACGAGGAUAAAUAACGAUGACACGCCUGAAUGAGUGAGUAGGAGUCACCAUGCUGACAGCGACUGUCCUGGCAGCGCUGUGGGUCAGCGUAGGUCGCUGUACCAUAUCCGGAUCACUGGACCCAGGGUGCGAUAACAGCAAGCUGUCUUUGCGUCGGGACCUCCCGGGGGAUGCUGGUCUGUGGGACUGUCCAGCGUGGCCCGAGCCUCCAGCUCAGACUCUUCCCAGUAUCUAUAAAGUUUUUGAUCCUGAGCCGGCCAAGAAGGUCUGCAUGGAUAAGCCCAUCACGUACGCCAACUCCAUACCCAACAGUGGUGCGUACCGACCGGUGGAAGCCCAGAGUGGAGAGUACUUGUACUGUCCUCCUCAAAGAUGGCUCCAUAAUGUGCAUAGAGGCGCAGUGGCUCUCCUCUACCACCCUUGUGCUCCCAGCAGCGAUCGUCUACUCCUGUCUGGCGUGGCCAGAACCUGCCUGUCUCACUACGUCAUGACCCCGCACCCUCAGCUCGACAGAACCCUGCCGGUGGCUUUGGUGGCUUGGGGCCGCACUUUGGAGCUCUCCACUGCCGCCUCCUCAGAUGUCUGUGACUGGCUGGAGACCUCCGGUGCCAACAACAACAUGCUCAGCAGUGGGAACCAGGCUAACAAAUACAAGUUGUUUCUGAUCAGGCCCAGGCCUGGACCUCGACGCCCACAAUCCAAGGUGACUUUGAGGCAAUGCUGUGAGCAGACCAUCCAGUCUCUGCUGGCCAAAACCGUGAAGAAAAACCCGUCUUAUGUUGUCAACGAUCAAAGUGAAGAUCAGCUUCAACGGGAAAGAAGAGCCAGCAUCCGAGGAAAACAGGACCAGAGCUCAAACAUCGGCCCUCACGUUGAAUCAAGACCAUCUGACGUCAAGGCCAACCUCACCAAGAUCGCUCCUCAGCAAGUGAAGAACGGCCCCCCAAAGGUCGGCUCGAAGGAUGGAUCCCAGCCUGAAGCCGAUCAAUCUAAAAACGACGGUGCACGUUCUCGUAAGUCGGGAAAGAAAAAUGAUGCAAGCAAGACGUUGUCGGAAAAGGAGAGCGCCGGGAUUGAGGAGAGGGAAGUGGUGCAGAGCAGGGAGGAAGAGUCCAAGCCGGAGUCUUUGCUGCCACGCCCCCCGACCUCUCAGGUUCUCAGCAUACAGCAGGGAUCGGGAGCUAAGGUUGGUGACAAAUUCCUGAGGAACGGGAUGCCCAGAACGCCCCGCACGGACGAUGCCUUCUGGGCCGCAGCGGCACUGGGCUUCCUGCUUGUUCUCCUUGUCGUGUCCGUUCUCUACACACGUCUGUACCGGCACUGGAGAAUCACCCCGAGCUUAUACUGGCCGGAACCGUGUCAUGACUACGAUAACGUAGCAGAUGUCAUUCGUCGGAGGCUUCGAAUCACCAAGAAAAGGCGACAAAGGAGCCGAAGACAGGAGUAUGUUCAUCCGCCUAGCUCCUCCAGCUCAGACGAGCAACUCUAGAAUGGACUCCUGAAGAAUAUUUAAAUAUUUAACUGGUGUUUCUUCCUUAAAUGAUUUUUGGAAUACAACGUACUGUUGUGUAUUUGUAUCAUUCAGAAGUAGUUAUACAGGUACGAGGAGGAUUAAGUGAGGAACUCAGGUCCGUGCUGUACAAUCACUGCACUUGUUACAAAGUCAGUAAAUAUGAAUGUUUCCAUUGAAGUAACUGUAGAUUUAAAUAUUUCCUUCAGCCACUCAGAGAUACUAUUUUUGUACAAUGUGGAGUUUUGUAUUUAAGUUGCUGUUUUAAGCAACAGCUUGUGGCAUUUGUUGUUGAGUGAACCGGUUGUUGCUUGUGUCAAUAAAUAUUUGGUUUUAUG